UCCCUUCUUUCAUUUCAUCUCUCUCUUUGCUUGCUUAUUGUUUCUAAAUCCAAUUUGUUACUUUCAGCUUCUUCUUCUUCUUCUUCUGUUUCUUUUCAUCUUUUUCUUUCUCUUAUGUGAUCUGGCUCAUUGAGUUUUGUAUCCCUUUGUGAUCUCUUGAAUCUGCAACUUCUAUUCCAUAUAAUCCAAAAUAGCAGGAACAAAAUUGUGUUUGUGUUAGUUAUCAACAACUACAUAUGUGCCUCUGUUUCUUUGUUCUUCAUUUUUCAGAAGGUGGUGUUGGCAGUGGUGUGGAGGCUGCAGCUUCUUGCUCAAAUCCAAUCCAGUUUUUCGGACACUUUUUCAAUACGAAAAAUGAACCUUGCUCUGCGGUUGCUGCCUUCUGAGCUCACUUGUCCAACAAGUGAAGACAUUCAAUAUGCAAAUGUGAACUUUCUUUUGUUCAAACCGUCGGUGAGAGUCUCUUGUUUUAUUAAGAAAGAUGAUGUGCAGCCAUCGAACUAUGAUAGAAAGAAUGUGACUAUAUCUUGCCAAUUGAUGCAUAGUCACUUAGAAGAGUCAUUUAAAAGAAAGAAAAGGCUACAGGUGCCUUUGCCUUUACAGAAGCCGGAUUUUGUGAGAACAUUGUUGAUUGACAACUAUGACAGUUACACAUAUAAUAUAUAUCAGGAGUUAUCUGUUGUUAAUGGAGUCCCUCCUGUGGUAAUCCAAAAUGAUGAUUGGAUAUGGGAAGAACUUAGCCAUUACUUGUAUGAAGAAAAUGCAUUUGAUAACAUUGUAAUAUCGCCUGGACCUGGUUCUCCAGCAUGCCCACAAGAUAUAGGUAUUUGUCUUCAACUACUGCAUAAAUGCUGGGAUAUACCUGUUUUGGGUGUUUGCCUCGGACACCAGGCAUUGGGAUAUGUUCAUGGAGCUCACAUUGUCCAUGCGCCCGAACCAAUCCAUGGGCGUUUGAGUGAAGUUGAGCAUGGCGGCUGCCAGCUUUUUCAUGGCAUACCAUCUGGCAGGAAUUCAGGUUUCAAGGUGGUUCGAUAUCAUUCAUUGGUUAUAGAUUCUGAAUCACUUCCUGAAGUGCUCAUUCCAAUAGCUUGGACGUCUUCCUCGAGCACACUUCCAUUUGUUGGGCCGAAGGAUCAUAACAUCUCCAAUGCUCUUGGAACACAGAGAGAGAAAAAUGUCUUCGUUGAUUCUUUUUCACCUAAAGCAGGAAAUGGAACAACAAGAAGUCCAAGAGUUCUUAUGGGGAUCAAGCAUCGCACAAGACCGCACUAUGGCGUGCAGUUUCAUCCAGAGAGUGUUGCAACCUUCCAUGGAAGUCAAAUAUUCAAGAAUUUCAGAGAUAUUACAAAUGAGUAUUGGCUGAGAUACAAGUCAUCACAAAGCAGAGAAAAACAUGUUCAUUCUUACGCACACAUGCAGGUUUCAAGUGCUAGUAGACAUUGUGGAGAUUCAUAUAGAAGUAUUAAUUCAGAGAACAGUAAAGUUGAUCAGCUAAAUAAGGUAGUUAAUGGUCAUCGACAUAUGGUAGAUGAUAAUGCUGAGAUGACUUGUUUAGAAAAGUUCAACAUUGCAAAUGUUCAUCAUGCAAGAACUGAUCGAAAAUGUUUGAAGUUGAAAUGGAGGAAAUACACUCACCUGGCUAGUCAAGUCGGUGGUGCGAAAGGUAUAUUUUGUGGGUUGUUUGGACGUGAACCUAAAAACACUUUCUGGUUGGAUAGUUCUUCCACAGAGAAGGGAAGAGCACGUUUCUCAUUCAUGGGAGGAAAAGGUGGACCACUUUGGAAGCAAUUGACUUUCAGAUUAUCUGAUCAAAGUGAUGAGUGUUCGAAAGGUGGUGGCUACUUGUCAAUGGAAAGUUGUGAAGGUUCCACUGAAACAAGAUUCUUGGAAGAAGGUUUUUUUGAUUUUUUGAACAAGGAGCUUCAAUCAUAUCACUAUGAUGAAAAAGAUUACGAAGGUCUGCCAUUUGACUUUCAUGGUGGAUAUGUUGGUUACAUCGGGUAUAACCUGAAAAGUGAAUGCGGCGUCGCAUCUAAUCGUCACAAAUCCGAAACUCCAGAUGCUUGUUUUUUCUUUGUCGACAGCCUUGUAGCUGUUGACCACAAAACUGACAAUGUUUAUAUAUUGGCUAUACAUGAAGAAAGCUCAAGCAUGACACAGUGGUUGGAUGAUGCUGAGGAGAAGCUUCUGAACUUAAAUGGCUCUGAGAUAAUGGGGUCAGAAAAGCAGUAUCUUCAUCCUCUAACUUGUUCCUCACAAAAGGCCGGUUUUGCAGCUGAAAAAUCUAGAGAGCAGUACAUUGAGGAUGUAAAGAAGUGCCUGGAAUACAUUAAAGAUGGAGAAAGCUAUGAGUUGUGCCUCACAACUCAGAUGAGGAAACCGAUCGAGAAUUUAGACUCUCUUGGACUUUAUCUUCAUUUGAGAGAAAGGAAUCCAGCACCUUAUGCUGCGUGGCUUAAUUUUCCGAAGGAAGACUUGUGUAUUUGCUGCUCUUCCCCUGAGAGGUUCUUGCAGUUGGAUAGAAAUAAUAUCCUAGAAGCUAAGCCCAUUAAGGGUACAAUAGCUCGUGGUGCUACCGCCGAGGAAGAUGAGCAACUCAAAUUGAAAUUGCAACUCAGUGAAAAGGAUCAAGCUGAAAAUCUGAUGAUUGUGGACCUUCUAAGGAAUGAUCUCGGUCGGGUCUGUGAUCCAGGAUCUGUACAUGUGCCACGUCUCAUGGAUGUGGAGUCGUAUGCAACUGUUCACACAAUGGUGAGCACCAUUCGUGGGAAGAAGAGGUCUGACGCCAGUGCAGUAGAUUGCGUAAGAGCUGCAUUCCCAGGUGGUUCGAUGACUGGUGCUCCAAAGUUGAGAUCGAUGGAACUUCUUGAUUCCAUUGAAAGUUGUUCUCGAGGUAUAUACUCCGGUUGUAUCGGAUUUUUUUCGUAUAACCAGACAUUUGAUCUUAAUAUUGUCAUAAGAACGGUGAUUAUACAUGAUGGUGAAGCUUCAAUAGGAGCUGGAGGUGCCAUUGUUUCUUUGUCGAAUCCUGAAGACGAGUACAAAGAGAUGAUCCUGAAAACAAAAGCCCCAGCAAAGGCAGUGAUAGAUUUUGAAUAGUUUUGAAUCAAAGCAUUUAUUUCAUAUCAUCCCACUAAUUAUUUAAUCUUUACAUAGAAGUAAUAUUAAAGAAUAUUUUGGUACAGGUACUAGAUUCAAUUGUUUUGGGGUUAGAAUUCAAUUGGUUUUCUUUUCAAUCUGAAGAGUGUCUUAUUAUUCUGUUGUAGCAAUGGCUGCAUUGUACUAUAGGUUUCUGUAUACUGUAAUUUCCCCAGUUUCUUGUAUAAAUGAAUUACCUUGAAGUUUGGUGACAAUUUUAUUCAUAUUAUAUAAUAUACUCACCUUUGCCUUA